AUGUAAUUUUAAAUUACAUGUAAUUAAGCUGAUCAUCAAAAUCAAUAAAUAAUAGGGUUUUGCAUAGAUAGUUCUUGCACAAAAUACAGAUCUUAUUGUAAUUCUUGCAUACCUAGUCACAGUGAACAUCUUCAUAAGUUAACAUCCUUAGAAUUUUUGUAUUAAUGGAUUGAGCAAGGGAUCCUUAGUAUUGAUAGUGUUUAAAAGAAUGUUUAAAAGUUUAAAGUAGCCCUUGAUAGUCUUAUAAGUUAAUUCCUUCCUUAUUUUAACUUGAAUAUUUAAGAAUUCUCAUAAUUAGGAGUAUCAGAGAUUGAAAAAUUGAUAAACGAUUUGUGUAAAAUCAAAGAUUCUGAAAAAGUAUUAUUUAUUCAACUUAAUCAAUUAUUCGAUUAAGGAUAAUCGAUUAUAAACGAAAUACUUAAAAAAAUAAAGAAUUAAACAAAUUUUACGUAACAUAUUAAUUUGUAAAUACAACAUCUUAAUUAAGAUAAAUUGAAUUUAGAAAAAUAAAAUGAUCCUUUUAUAUUACAACCAAAUCCAAAAUCAAACACCUAUGUGUUGAUGAAUUAAAAUUCUAUUAAAUUUGAUGGUUAUUGUCAAGCUAUUGCCUUUGAUAAAGAUUGUUCAACUGUAGCACUUGGUUGUAAUAAAUUAAUAAAAAUAUAUGAGUUCAAGUAAGAAAUGUUAACAUUAAUACAAAUAUUAGAUGAACAUAAAGAUUAUAUAUGGACAUUAAAUUUCAUGAAAAAAACCAAUUAGUUUUUAUCUGGCGAUCGUAUUGGAUUAAUUCUUAUUUGGUCAAGAAAUAAUAAUAAUUAAUGGAAUUGCUCAUAAACAAUUAAAGAGCAUACUGAUUCUAUUCGAUGUUUAAUUUUGAAUAAUAAUGAAGAUAUUUUAAUAUCUAGCAGUAAUGAUAAUAAAAUUAAAUUUUGGAUUAAAAAGGAUGAAUGGAUUUGUUAAUAAACUAUUUCAGAUCAUGAAAAAACUGUUGAUUAAUUAAGUUUAAAUGAAUAAGAAAAUUAAGUUAUUUCUUGUGGAAGGGAUAAGUAAAUAUUAGUAAUUGAAUACUCUGAAUAAAAUUAAAAGUGGGUGGUAAUUUAAAAUAUUCAAAUUAACAGUGAUGGAUAUCGAAUAUGCUUUAUAAACAAUAAUUAAUUCACAUUUUAACCAAAUUAAGGUAAUUUGAUGCAUCUUUACGAAAUGAAUAGUAUUAGUUAAUAGUUUACUAAAACAAAAGAUAUUGCUGUAAAUUUAGGUUAUGAUAGAUUUGGAUUAUUUCCAUAAUAAUUUAUUAAACAAAAAUAAUUAUUAGUUGGUAAGCAUCAUUAAUGUGUAAAUUUAAUAAGAAAGACAGAAAAUGAUGAAUUUAAAGUUGAGUAAUCCAUUUAAUUUGAUAGUUAUGGUUUAUAUGGGUAAAUGAGUGAUGAUGGAGAGUAUUUGAUAACCUGGGAUUAUUCAUCUAAAUUAAUAUAAAUUAGGAAAUAUAAAGAAGGAUGA